AUGGACUUUGAAUUGAAUGAUUCUCUAUAAGCGGAUAAGAAAAGACACAUCCUGCUAACACUGAAUGGAUAGGCUGAUGCUGAAAUCAUCAAAUUCAGGUUCUUCCAAGGUCAAAUAACAAUGCAUGAUAUUAAGAAGAAAAUGGAGAAGCAUUUUAAAAUGAAGAUAUCAUGGUUGAGACUCUACACCUAAUAAGGAGUCGAGAUAUUCUAGGAGGAUCUACAUUUUAUAAAAGAAGGAACAUUACUGUAUGUUUCCGAUAGCGGUGAAUUCGAUGCUUACUCUUAAAUCAGUGUGUAUUAGAUAAUGAAAGUGCUUGGAGAGGGAGGGUUCGGCAAGGUUAUGUUGGGUAAACACAAAGUUACAGGGGAACAAGUGGCCAUCAAAUUAAUUGAUUCUGGAAAAUUGUGGAAUGCCGAAGAUAUUGAUCUAGUAUUCAGAGAGGCAGAAGUGAUGAAGAACCUGCGACAUAACAACAUAGUCAAGAUAUUGAAUUGCUACACUCUUCCCAAUAUGCAAGUGGUCUUGAUAAUGGAGUUUCUCUAAGGAGGAGAUUUGGUCGAGUAUCUACAAGAAAAGGGAGGAUUGUCAGAACAAGAGGCUAGAAUAAUCUUUAGACAAAUAGCAGAAGCCAUUCGAUACUGUCAUGACAAACGAUUAAUACAUCGUGAUUUGAAAUUAGAAAACAUACUAUUGACAUCAAAGGUCGAGAAAAUCAUUAAAAUCAUUGAUUUCGGUAUAGCCACCGUAUCAACAAAUUUCACGAUUGAUAAAGUCGACCGAGGCUCAUUAAGUUAUAUGCCACCUGAAUUGAUGAGUGGUUAAGCCAUUGAAAUCAAACCAUCUAUCGAUAUCUGGGCUCUGGGAGUCAUCCUAUAUGCUUUGGUUUGUGGCAACUUGCCCUUUACUACCAAAAGUGAUGAGUAAACUAUUGACAAUAUCUUGAAGUGCAAUUACUCAUUCCCUUCUUCUCUCAUCCUAACUAAGGAAUAUAAAGAUCUACUCGCAAAUAUGCUUAAUCCUGAUCAGAAUGAGAGAUACUCCGCAUAUCAAGUGAUCAGACACCCUUGGAUGCAAAAAGUGAUAACCUAAUCUCCAUCCAAUUUGCUAAGUCCCAAGACCAUUAACAACAAGAAGAUGAUCAAGAAAGAAGUUACAAUGGCUGGAGGACCAAACAGAAAUUAGCAACUUUAACUCAGAGGUGGUAUCACUAUGAUGAGACCAGCCGUCUAAUCUAAUCCAAAUUCGGCAGUCAUACCUGUUAUUUAUGAAUUCUAAACUCGUAAUUAAUAAGAUCCCUCAUCUCCAAGAUCCUCAUUUUUAGAGAAUUGCACUAACCGUUCAGUAUAGGAACCUCCAGAAAGUUAAAGUCCGGAUAAGGCUGUCCCAAAAACCCAACCUAUUCGAAAAUAUUCAGACUUUAACCAAAAACUUAUAGAUCGUAUAUUUCGAGAAGACUCUAAAAAAGAAAAAUCAAGGAAAUGGAAAAGCAACUCACCUAAAAUGAAAGGAUCUCCAACAAAAUAAUAAAAUUAAGGUUCUCUAAUACAAUGCACAAGUUGUCAUUUCAACUCAGCUCGAACUACAAAUACUUCUCCUUAAACCAUUUCCAGAUCUACUCUACACACUCCCAGUUUGUUUAGUCCAAGGUAGUCAUCUGAAAACAAAAAGAGAUCAAAUGAUAAAUUGGAAAUUCAAACCAUAAUUAAUUUAAGUCAGAGAUUACUCCUCAAAACAAUAUUUAAAGUAGAAGAAGCACUAUGUCAGCUUCAAAAGCAGACAUGCUUUAUAAAUUACAAAUACAAUUCAAAUAGAGACAAAAAAAUUAAGAUAUUUAAUUGUAAAAGAAAGUAUAUGAAAAUAAUAAGGAAAUUACAAUCUAAAAAUUGUGCAAUAUCAUAUUUUCAUCAAGACUUAGAGUUAAUCAUAAAUGAUCAAUUUUUGAAUAAUAUUAUAAGAAAUAAGAAAGUUUCACAUUUUUAUUAUCAAAUUAUAUCAACUAGUUUCAGUGCGAUGUUUGAUAUGCUUAUGACAUCUGUAAUUUUCGAUGAAGUGACUACAUACUGGCAAAUCGUUUUAAACUGUGCUCUGUUUUACAAGUUCUCUUACUAGGUUAGGCUGAUUUGUGUUCUGAUAAUGAAGAAAGAUUCUUGUUUUUUAUAAAUUGUUAUAUGGGUCUUUUUAAGAAGUUGUCGAAGUUCAUUUGAGAUAGGGUUUUCUAUUUUUACCUGUCAAAUUAAGAUUAGGGACUAUGGAUUUCGGAUCUGGAUUCAUUAUGCAACUGAUGCAACAUUUAUAAAGCGUCAGUUUAAUAAAAUUGAGGAAGUGAAAUUAAUGUGGAUUAUCCUGAUUGUUUCCUAGGUUUUGCAAUUGAGACUCUUGGCUUGGAGAUUCUCUUAGUAUUCUUUUGAUGCUAUGAUCUUAUUUUCUUAUAUUUAAAGUAAGCUAAAACGAGUUAAACUGCUCUCACAUAUAUCUUAAAUCGAUAGAUAAUUUAUUUAUGUCGCCGUUGCUUCACAUAGAACAAACCUUAAGAAAUUAAUCUACGCCAUUUGCUUCCAUAUGAACCAUAAAUCUUUUCAUCACAACUUUGUGAUCUAUGACUCUUCUGACCAUGUAAACAUUUAUAUUUUGGGGUUUGAAUUUGGCUCUUCCCCAUUAAAUCAGGCAUGA